AUGAAGCGGCCGAGCUCUGAGUGGGGAAGGUGAAGGAAAGAUGGCGGCCGGAGCUGAAGCGGGCCAUGGCCGCAGCAGCAGCAGCAGCACCAGCAGCUCCAGCAGCUCCUCCUCGGCCGCGCUGGAGGCCACGCUGGACCGCCGCUUCCAGGGCGUCACCAACACCAUGGAGUCCAUCCAGGGCCUCAGCUCCUGGUGCAUCGAGAACAAGAAGCACCACAGCCUGGUCGUGCGCUACUGGAUGAAGUGGCUCAAGAAGUCGGAGCCCAGUCACAGGCUGAACCUCUUCUACCUCGCUAAUGAUGUCAUUCAGAACUGCAAGAGGAAAAACGCUAUCGCUUACCGCAGCGCUUUCGCCGACAUCCUACCAGAUGCCGCCCUGCUGGUCAGGGAUGCUAAAGUGCGCAAGUCAGUGGAGAGAAUAUUCAGUAUUUGGCAGGAGAGGAGCAUUUAUCCAGAUGAACUGAUCACAGAGCUGAAGGCCACUCUACAGAAAAAGGAACAGCCACCACCGCCUUCUGUUAACCCCAAAACUGCCCUCAAGUCAAAGAUUGUGGCUGAGUUUGCGCCACAUGCCUUGAUCGAGCGUUUGGGGACCUUUAAGCGCUCACUGGAAGAGAGUGAGCUAAGAGAAAAGCAGCUGGCCACUCUCAGAGUGGAUGUCUGCAGCACAGAGGCCCUCAAGAGGCUUAAAGAUAAGGCAGGGGGGAAUAAGUUUUCUAAGGACUUUGAGGAGGGCAGCAUGAAGCUGCAGGAGUUUGUAAAGUUUCUGGAGGGGCAGAUGCAAGCAGGACCCCCUCUACUUGAAGCUCUGGAGAAUGCAGAAGUCUUCUAUGAAAUGCAGUACAAAGAGGUCAAGAUCGUCACCAAUGCCUACAAGACCUUCGCUAAUCGGGUAUCUAAUCUGAAGCGUAAACUGGACGCCAUAAAGGCCACGCUGCCAGACUUGGAUGACUCCCCUAUUCCCUCGCCCUCUGAGGAUGCCCCCUCGCCCACAGGCUCGGAGUCACCCUUCCAUGGCCUGGGCGCCAGAGCAGGCCAGAGCAGUGUAGACCGAGAGGGAGCAAGAGCUGGAGAGCAGAAGGACAACAGAGACGUGGAGGACAUGGACCUGUCUGAAGAGGAGGACGCCACAAACAUGGGCAUUAUCGUUGAAGAAAAAAAAGAAAAAACAUCCACAGUGGCAGCUUCAAAGGUGACCAACUCAACAGCAGCCAGGUCUUCUCAUAUUAUGGCCGCCUCUGCUUUAGCCCCUCCCACAAAGCCGACGCCUGAGCCUGCAGCCAGUCAGACGCCACCGUCUUCUGCACCUACCCCUACAACACCUGUUCCUGCAAGCCCCGCCCCUCUGCAGGUGAAUUUGGCAAAUGUGGAUCUUGGAAAGAUCAGCUCCAUCCUCAGCAGCAUCACUAAUGUGAUGAAGAACACGGGUGUAAGUCCUGUGUCCCGCCCCUCACCAGGAACACCCACUACACCAUCUAGCCACACCCCUUCAUCCAAAACUCCUCUUGUGGCACCUGGCGGAACUCCUGCAUCCAAUCCACUGGCCAGUAUCCUGUCCAGAGUAGACAUUUCCCCUGAGGGUAUCCUCAGUGCCCUCACCAAGACACAGACAAACAGCCCACGGCUACAGGGUUUGUCCUCUCUGCUCUCUUCUGCCCGUGCUGGCUCUCUCACCUCUUCAAGUCCCGCCCCCUCUUCCUUUACCCUUACAUCUUCAACAAUCACCACGGCAACAGUGACUACAACCCCCACCACCCCAACCACCCCAAAGACUCCAAAACUUUCCAGCAGCAAUGUAAAGCGCGAGUCAGAACGUGAGCGAGGUUUAGAGUGGGAAAAGGUGAAAGAGAAAGAGAGGGAGAAAGACAGACGAGAGAGGGAGAUAGAAAGGGAGGAGGCUGCAAUGCCCAGCCUGGAGUCAAAGAUCAACAGCUUCUUGCAGGGAAACCCUGGUUUUAGUGCUCUUGGCCUUGGCUUGGACGAUGGGGUCAGUAACAGCCCUCUGCUGGUUGGUGGAGACAAUGCGGAUGGCACUCCUGUUCGUGAUGAAAGUGGCAGCACUCCAACCCAGGAUGAGAUAAUGGACACCCCUUGUGUUCUUAGCGAUCAGAAUCCGGGCUGCUCUGGAGCCGUUUCACCUACAGCGUACCGUAGUGACCCCUGGGAUGCAGUGAUUAUGCCAAGAGAAGAUGAGAGGAAGGACAGGGAUUACCGCACCCCUUCAUCCUCAACGUCCUCACGAUCACAGGCCUUCAGCCCUAGUGGCAAAAACACAGGUAGGAGUAAUAUGAAGCCCAAAGAACAGGAUGGCAUGAAGAGAAAAGCAGGGGUAUCCACAGGUCCCACCUCUUUCACCUCUUCUGCGGAUGUAGGUGUGAAGGUGGCCAAGAUGGAGGGAUCAGGAGGGAAGAGUGUGGUCCUGCGCAGGACGAGUGGUGGGACUCAGAAUGGAGGCAAGGAGAAGGAGGAGAAAGGGAAGAAAGGAGGAAAGAAGGAGGAAGACAGCGAACACUACCACCGCAUUGAGACUGUUGUUACUACAACGGCCAGCAGCAGCGAGGGCACGCCCAUAGAAGCACUAUGCUAUAGCAACCGCAUCCAGACUGUGGAGAGUAUUCGUGUGAUUGGCCGAGGUCCAAGGAGGGCAAGUGGAGCUGCAGCAAGAGCAGGUGGGGCGUGGUAUGAAGAGGAAGAGUUUAUGGAAGCCCCACUUCCACAUCACCCUGGCGACCAUACCCCUGAAGCCCCCGAGGAGCUGGGACUGGUCCCCCCUCCUACGCAUCUGCUGCCACAGGGGCAGUACCCACCACCUCCUUACACCAGUGAGGACUCUACUCAUCCUGUGCACACUCACACUAUCCCCCAGCACCACCCACCUCCAUCUCCUUUCUUCCCCACCCCGCCAGUUCCUCCCAUCCCUCAGCCCCCGCCCCCUUCAGUGGCCCCACCUACAGCAGCCCCACCCUUACCUCAGCCUCCUCCAGCCCCUUCAAGAGACUUACCCCUCUCCCCCACGUCUGCUGUGAUGGUAGGCGGGGUCUUGGUGCCCAUUGACCGUGUCCUGCCGCACCCACCUGCCAACCUGCGCCCGGAGGGGGGUGGGGCUAGCAGUGCUGCACCUGCUCGGGGCAAAUCCCUGCCCAUGCGUCCUGCCACACUCAAAGAGCAAUUCACCCCUCACCAUGCACCCCCUCUCCAUCGCCCUGGUACCCCAGGUGUACCCCCGCCCCUUUUGGGCAGAGGGCGUAAGGGGCCACAGUCACCCUCUUCCCCAACCACACCCACCACACCUUCUCCAUCUGGAGACCCCCGGCCACUCCUGCCCUCUCCAAACUGCCUGCCCAACUCUGCUGGCUCUCAGCGAGCCCACCGACCACCCUCCCCACUUGGCCUCCUCCGCCCGCCCAUCCACACACCUCACACCUCUCCCCUGUCCCAGAGGCCCUUGCCACGAGGGGGCCUACCUCUGUCCCUGCCCCUCCCACCCCCUUCCCUGUCCCGAGAGCCACUGCUACCUGGGGUCAAGCGCCCCGGUCCUGCUUUCCGAGGUGGACCGCUGCACCCUCCGAAGCGUCCCUUCCUGCCCCCACGUUAUUAGGGUUAUUCAGAAUAAGGGUCAGCCUGCAGUGCCAAUGCAGUGCAAUUAUGCUGUGAUUUGAUGUAGGAAGUGUUAGCACCAGACUGUCUCUGGGCCAUGAUGAAAGAUAAAACUAGUCAAAACGCAUGCCCGUACCAACCCCACCCCCCUACCCUCCCUGACCUUCCAACCCUGCCAACCCACAGCCAGCAGUGUUCACUUACGUGUAGACAAAGAGAAGCCUUCCAAAGAUGGAGAGAAUAGACGUUGGAGAGAAAGAUGACGCAAAAAAGAUAAACGCAGUGAGAGAGAGGCAAAAGGUGGUUAUUCACUUCAGUUCCACUUUCUUACUUGUGUGAGAUGGGUUGCAUGAAUGAAGGAGUAUGUGCGCGUGUGUGUGCAUUUUUUUCUUAAAUACUUAGAGUUGUAACUAUAAAUGUAAAUAAGGACUUUAGCUCUUUCCUUCUUGUAACUAUAACUGCUCUUUCCCACUGUUGUAUGGCUUCUGCUUUCUGAUGGGGGGGGGAGAAAACCACAAAGUUUCUGCUCUAUAAGCUCUGUCCCUGUUUCUGUACAUGCAUAGUAGACCAGUCAAACUCUGCUUAAACUCUAAACUGAUUUAAAUCAUAGGCAUAGUUUAAGCAUCAGCCAUCCAUUAUCACAUCACCACUCUGCCUCUUUCCGGAUGUGAUGCUCUUUCACCUUUGGGGCGGGGGGAGGGCUGUUGAGUGAAGGCUGGGGUGCCGAAAUAAGCUAGUAAGAGGGAGGAAAUAAAAAGAACAACCUCAACGCUCAACCUUCAGAGUAGAUUAGGUUUCUGUUCAGUUUGAACUGAGCGCUCACGUGUAUUGUUGCUAAUAAAAGCCCUGCGAUGAUAAACAAGAACAAUGGGGGCUAGCAUUUUUUUACCAUCAUAAUGAUGGCAGAGUUUGUCACUUUUUUGGGUUUGGUGUGCUUUGGUUUAUUUCAGGAGAAAUGUGAAUAUAGAAUGUGUAUCUUUAGUAUUGUGUUCUUUAAAAAAAAACUUGAUUUCUGAUCAUGGUCUCUCUUUUUAACAUCUUGUGCUUUUGUUCCCUAACUUUUCAUGGAUUUGUACAGUAUGGCAUGCACAAUGCUGUGUAUCAUGGUCUCUACAGGAGCUAUAUGUAAGAUUAAACACAGCUUCCAGUCUGCACAAACACCUCUUCCUUAAAGUCAAUAUUUAAUGCAUUGUAAAGAUACAAUAAUCACUUCAAGUUUGGUUAUAAAAUCAUAAAAGCAUCUCUGGUAAGGCCAUGUUUGUUCAGUCACUUAAGUAUUCUGGAAAGUUGAUUGGAGGGUGGUGCAAGAAGAGGCACUGAUGCCUUUCCCUUGCUUUGCAUUUUCUGUCCCUUUUUAUUUUUCUUUUUUUCCUCAUUUUUAUUUAAAUCUCUUAAUUGCCUUUUUCCAAGGUCUGACUUUUCAUGAAAGUAGCUCUUUAUUUGAAAGUGUCAGAAGAUAAAAUGAGUCCAGAAACUCGUGUGUAUCAACAUUUCCAGUGAUAUUUUUCUCAUGUCAUCCCUUCUUGAGCUAUACUGGAUAGGAUUUUUGUGUUCAAACUUAAUGAAGUUCAAAGGAGAUGUUGCACCAUCAGUGUCCAUGAGGUGUUCAUAUUGACAGGAUGCAUUCAGCCACGCAGAUGUUAAUAUAUGAAAGUUUGUUUUGACUGUGUGAAUUUAGUGCGAGAAAUAGUAUUUUGCAGGCUGCAAACUAAUGCGUGUCUGUUUUAAACCCUGUUGUUGGUUUCACCAAAGUGAACUGGGCAAAAAUGUCAACAUUAACAUAAACCUGUAUAAUGUAGUGCUCUUUCAUGUACAAGCAGUGAAAGUACUUAAUGUAUUUUUUUUUUCUUUUAGUGCUGAAAUGUUGAAUCCUUUGAGGAAUACGAUAUGGUGUCUUCUUUUUGUCAUAUAUGCAUUCACAUUCAGAGAGACUGUUCCUUACAAAACUCUAAAGUACUUUAAAGCUCUA